UCUGAAGCCUUUUUAAUAGGCCAACUUCAUUUAGGGUUUCUACUUUUCUUGUUCAUUUAGGAUUUCUCAAGGUCCCUCAUUUGAGUUGUUUCCAACUUGAAAUAAUGACGACGACGAUGUCAAAUCUUCCAAAUGAUUUGUUAGAAGAGAUUGUCUCUAGGGUUCCUCUAAAAUCUAUGAGAAAAGUGAGAUUAACAUGCAAAAAAUGGAAUGCUUUGUUCAAAAGCCGGAGUUUUACGAAGAUGCAUAUUGGGAAAGAAGAAGAAGCAUCAAAGGAAUUAGGAGAGACUCGGAUGAUCGUGAUGAUGGAUUGCAAUGUUUAUUUAAUGGGCAUCAUCGUCAAUGAAAAUCCAUCCAUAGAGUCUUUAGGUAAACUUACUUGUCUACAUGAUUCAGAACAAGUCAAGAUAUCUCAAGUCUUUCAUUGUGAGGGUUUAUUACUAUGCAUCUUAAAAGUUGAUAAUACUAAGAUUGUGGUUUGGAAUCCGUAUCUGGGGCAAACAAGGUGGAUCCAAACCGGAAAGCAUUACCAUGCAAGUGGAUGGGUAACACUAGAUGUUUACAAUUACGCUCUCGGAUACGAAAAUAAUAGUGAAAAUCGUAGCCUCAAAAUCUUGAGGUUUACAAAAGAUUUCCAUUAUCACUUUCCCGAAAACGUCGCUUUAUGGUAUGAAAUCUAUGAUUUUGAUACUGAUUUAUGGACUACUCUUGAUGUCUCUCCACACUGGCGGAUAAUAUCUAACUGUGGUCUUUCUCUCAAGGGAAACACUUACUGGGGCGCUGUAGAACGGAAUGCAUCCGCACAUCAUAUAAUUUGUUUUGAUUUUACAAUAGGGAGAUUUGGACCGCUUCUACCUCUGCCGUUUAAGGCGAGGGGUUCAGAUUUUGUGCCACUAUCUUCGGUUAGAGAUGAGAAGAUCGCAGCUUUAUUUCGGGCAAGCGAAAAGGUUGAGAUAUGGAUUACGACUAAUAUUGAUGAUGCCAAAAAUGUGUCCUGGAGCAAGUUUGUUACACUAAAUAUACCAUACCUUGACCAGAAUCUUUCAUAUAAGAGUUUCCUCAUUGAUGAAGAGAAGAAAGUUGUUGUGGUUUUUGAUAACGAAAGAAAAGUCACGCACAACACCAUUAUUAUCAUUGGAGAGGCUGGAUGCUUGAGGAAAUUGGAGCUUGGAGAACCCGUAGACAAAAACUGUUGGCCACUUGUGUGCUCGUAUGUUCCAAGUAUAGUGCAAAUCAAGCAACAUAAUGAAGGGCAAAAGAAAAACCAAAGUGAUUAGGAAAGGCGUCGACAUCAAUAUGUUCAAAACAUGUUGAGACAUGACAACAAAUCAAGCAAGAGGAGGUGGCAAAAGGAAAAAACAAUGGAAAUUUGAUUAGUCUCAAUUUACAAAGUCUAGUUUAUAUGUCUUUCAUUUUCCCGGUUUUUUCUUUUAGCAAUAUUAGUUUGUUUCUUCCCAUCUAUUGUUCUAUAUGAAAAAAAAAUGUUAUGUUUUACUUUUUAAUUCUUACAAAACCGCUAGGUGAUCCAUUAAAUGACUAGUUUGGUCAGAAAUAUCACAUCCAUCUCCGGAGGCGUGGUUAAUACAAGUUGCAAGUAUAGAAGAAUAUGUGUACUUGUCUCAUACAUUCAUUUUGUACUUGAUGAGAUUGUGUUGCAGCUUCUGACUACGGGUAUAUGGUUUAUUCCUUACAUCGUUUCAUGAUUUGGAAGUUGGUUAUACAUGUUAUGGUUUCUGCACUAAAAGAACUUAAUCAUUACCAUGGAUAUGAGAGUAUCCCAUACCAUAUUAAAGAGAUGUGUUUUAGGAUUACAACUUUAGAAGAUAGAGAUACUCGAUUUGGUGUCUUAAAAAAGUAAACAAUUUUGAACCACAUCCAUAUUUUUCUAAUAAGUUACAUAAAUGAGA